AUGGCGAACUCUUUGCCACCCGCCUCACAUUUACAACUCAAUGAACCAAUUGUCUCCAACACAACAGCGAAUACCUUAUCGUAUGCUCAACAGAUAUCCGGAGUUUCUGUGACGGCGUGCAUGAAGGCGGCAUAUGAUGAAUGUAAAGAACGAGUGGCACAGAUCGCGGCUCAUUGCCGAGCGAAGAAUCGAAAGUUUCGUGAUGUCGAGUUUGACCUCGAGAAUGAUCGCCAAAAGUGUUUGCACAAUUUGGUGGAAAACAACCUGUUUUCGCCCUCUGACGUACGCCGCGUCUCUGAUCUCUUUAAGAGCCCGGUGUUCUAUAGCGGUACCACGAAGUCGGCUGAGAUUGUGCAGGGAGAAGUUCAGGAUUGUUACUUGGUAUCGGCACUGUCGAGCAUGACAUCGGUCGCGGGAUUAGUUGAGGGUUUUUGUGUUGCACGCGACGAGGUUGUUGGAGUGUAUGGAUUCAUCUUCUACCGAGAUUGUUACUGGGUGCCUGUUAUCGUAGACGACCUUCUGUUUACAAGAGUGCCCAAGUACGAGCAACUGGCGGCUGUGGAAAAAGAACUGUAUCACUUUGACAAGGAGAAGUACAACUCAACAGCACGAAAGGGCGGGGAGAGCCUGUACUUUUCAAAGUGCGGCAAGUCCGGCGAGACAUGGGUUCCCCUGGUGGAAAAGGCGUACGCCAAGCUGCACGGUGAUUACGCGUCCGUGGGGUUCGGAAGACCUUGCGAUGCAAUCGAAGACAUGACCGGGUAUGUGCCUUGGUUUCGGGAGCAGAGGGCCUUUGCGCUGACUUCUGUCUUCAGCGGAGUUUCGAACCUUAUCCUAACCACGGACAUCCUUGACGUUGACAAGUUCUGGAACGACGAGCUCUUGAAGGCGAACACGGAUCGCCUGUUUGGUUGCUGGUUCAAGACCUUGGAUGGGGGUCGUAGUGGGCUUACCAAUGCGACCGUUGACGGGCUCGUUGGGAACUUGUCUCACUCGGUAAUCAGAGCGAUCGAAGUCAAAGGGAAGCGGUUUGUCGUACUGCGUAAUCCGUGGGGCGAAGCAAGCUGGGGAGGGCCUUGGUCGGAUGGAUCGAAAGAGUGGACCCCGGAAUGGCUCGAGGUUCUGCCUCAACUGGGCCAUGAUUUUGGAGGAAACGGACAGUUCGUCAUGGAUUACAGCGAUUUCCUGAACAUCUGGCAAGAGAUUCAGAGGACUUUGUUGUUCGACGACAGUUGGGUGAUGUCCGCCCAAUAUCUUCACAUCCCCGAACAACCAAAGUAUCAAGCAUGGUCCUUUGGCGAUAUCAGCUUCACGUUCUCUGUUCCGGUGGCCUCUCCGACACUAAUUGUGCUCUCAAAGAUCAACACCAGAUACUUCAAGGAUAUAGAAGGUCCCUGUAUCUGGACUGUGGAUUUCAUUCUCGCAAAAGAAGGCGCGACACGUCCGUUGGCUGAAUCAUCGUACGCCUUCUUCUACACACGCAGCACCAGCCUAGAAAUAGAUUUGGAGGCAGGCAACUACGUCGUCCAUGCGCGACUUGAUCCUUCACUGGUCCGAUCGAAGGAUUAUUUCAGGAAUGGCAUCGAUUUCGGGUGGGAUAAACGCAAGCUUGCUAGGAUCAUGACUGAGAGAGCCAAGGGCCAGUCUAUCGCUUCGAAUUAUAAACCAAACCCAAAACAUUUGGUCACUCCGAUUACCACAAUCCUCAGCGGAGAAGCAGCCAAGGCUGAUACGAGCAGUUUGGAGGCCCUCAAGACGUACGGUGACGUGAAGCCUGGGGAGAGCAUAACUGUUACCACCACGACGACCACGAAAACGGUCGUUGCGAAAAGCAGCCAAGAAGCCAGUUCAAGUGCGAAUACGGUCAACAGAACAGACCCCAUGAACGGAGUAAACGGGCAUAGGCACAACGGCGUUCAUCAGCCUGCCAAUAGUCCUCGGAACGGGAUGCAUUCUCCUCCACCAAACCCUUACUCAGGUGCAUACCCAGUAUCCAGUCGUCAUCCAAUCGAGCCCAGGUGGGCGGGAGGUCUGCCUGCUUCAGUAGCGGAUUCCCCGCCCCAGUCACCCCAACCAGCUUACCCUGGUUGUCUGGCAUCAUUCCCGGCCCCUAUGAUAAUCCCAGCCCCGAUUGCCUACUCCCCCCCGCCACCGCCCCCUUCGCAGGAAGUUCUGGAGGAUGACAAUACGAUUGUCAUUGGAUUGCGUGUGUAUACCCACAAGAGUGCACCUACACUGAUAUGUGGACGAUUGAAGAGUGGGCUUGAGAAGGGAUCUUAG